GGGCUAUAUAACGGGGAACCCACCUCGGCCGCCCCUCCACAGCCCCCCGUUUGUGUUGGUGUGAGGACUCCAGACCCGUGGCAGCCAGCCCAGCCCACCUCAUUCUUCCCCCGUAGGAGCGUCAGAGGAAAAGAAAAGAGCUCGCCAUGCCGGACGCAGAGAUGGCCGAGUUUGGGGCCGCCGCCCCCUUCCUGCGCCAGUCGGACAAGCUGCGGCUCGAAGCGCAGACCCGGCCCUUCGACCUGAAGAAGGACAUCUUCGUGCCGGACCCCAAGGAGGAGUUUGUCAAGGCCAAGAUAAUCUCCCGGGAUGGGGCCAAAGUCACCGCCGAGACUGAGCACGGCCAGACGGUGACGGUGAAGGAGGAUCAGAUCAUGCAGCAGAACCCGCCAAAGUUCGACAAGAUUGAGGACAUGGCCAUGCUGACGUUCCUGCAUGAGCCGGCCGUGCUCUACAACCUCAAGGAGCGAUACGCCGCCUGGAUGAUCUACACCUACUCGGGGCUGUUCUGCGUGACGGUCAAUCCCUACAAGUGGUUGCCGGUCUAUAACGCGGAGGUGGUGGGCGCUUACAGGGGCAAGAAGAGAAGCGAAGCCCCGCCCCACAUCUUCUCCAUCUCUGACAACGCCUACCAGAACAUGCUGACGGAUCGAGAGAACCAGUCCAUCCUCAUCACCGGAGAAUCCGGGGCGGGGAAGACCGUGAACACCAAGCGGGUCAUUCAGUACUUUGCCGUCAUCGCGGCCAUCAGUGACCGCAGCAAGAAGGAACAGGUGGACAAGAGCAAGGGGACCCUGGAGGAUCAAAUCAUCCAGGCCAACCCCGCCCUGGAGGCCUUUGGCAACGCCAAGACCGUGAGGAACGACAACUCGUCCCGAUUCGGUAAAUUCAUCCGGAUUCAUUUCGGGGCGACGGGGAAGUUGGCUUCAGCUGAUAUAGAGACCUAUCUCCUGGAAAAAUCCCGGGUCAUCUGCCAGCUCAAAUCCGAGAGGAGCUAUCACAUCUACUACCAGAUCCUGUCCAACAAAAAGCCAGAACUCCUGGACAUGAUGCUGGUGACCAACAACCCAUAUGACUACGCCUUCAUCUCCCAAGGAGAGACCACGGUGUCUUCCAUCGAUGAUGCCGAAGAGUUGAUAGCCACCGAUAGCGCCUUUGACAUCUUGGGCUUCACUCAGGAGGAGAAGAACUCCUUGUACAAGCUGACAGGUGCCAUCAUGCACUUCGGGAACAUGAAGUUCAAGCAGAAGCAGCGCGAGGAGCAGGCCGAGCCUGACGGCACCGAAGAGGCGGACAAAUCUGCCUACCUGAUGGGGUUGAACUCGUCAGAUCUACUGAAGGGGCUUGUUCACCCACGGGUCAAGGUGGGGAACGAAUAUGUGACCAAGGGGCAGACUGUCCAGCAGGUAGCUUAUGCUGUAGGAGCCCUGGCCAAGUCCGUGUAUGAGAAGAUGUUCGGCUGGAUGGUGACCAGGAUCAACAACACCCUCGAGACGAAGCAGCCGCGUCAGUAUUUCAUCGGGGUGCUGGACAUUGCUGGCUUUGAGAUCUUUGAUUUCAACAGCUUCGAGCAGCUCUGCAUCAACUUCACCAACGAGAAGCUGCAGCAGUUCUUCAACCACCACAUGUUCGUGCUGGAGCAGGAGGAGUACAAGAAGGAGGGGAUCGAGUGGGUGUUCAUCGACUUCGGCAUGGACCUGCAGGCCUGCAUAGACCUCAUUGAGAAGCCCAUGGGCAUCAUGUCCAUCCUGGAGGAGGAGUGCAUGUUCCCCAAGGCGUCGGACAUGACCUUCAAGGCCAAGCUGUACGACAACCACCUGGGCAAGUCAGGCAACUUCGGCAAGCCGCGGAACAUCAAGGGGAAGCCGGAAGCGCAUUUCUCCCUCAUGCACUACGCCGGCACGGUGGACUACAACAUCCUGGGCUGGCUGCAGAAGAACAAGGACCCGCUCAAUGAGACGGUGGUGGGGCUCUACCAGAAAUCCGCCCUCAAACUCCUUGCCCUCCUCUUCGCCAACUAUGCGGGGGCUGACGCAGCCCAUGAUGGCGGGAAGGGGAAAGGAUCAAAGAAGAAGGGUUCAUCUUUCCAGACGGUGUCAGCGCUGCAUAGGGAGAACCUAAACAAGCUGAUGACAAACCUGCGCUCAACUCACCCCCACUUUGUCCGCUGCAUCAUCCCCAAUGAGAUCAAGGCUCCAGGGGUGAUGGACAACCCCCUGGUGAUGCACCAGCUGCGCUGCAACGGGGUGUUGGAGGGCAUCCGCAUCUGCAGGAAGGGCUUCCCCAACCGCAUCCUCUACGGAGACUUCAGACAGAGGUACCGUAUCCUGAACCCCGCGGCCAUCCCCGAGGGCCAGUUCAUCGACAGCCGCAAGGGGGCGGAAAAGCUGCUGGGCUCCCUCGAUAUCGACUCCAGUCAGUACAAAUUCGGGCACACCAAGGUGAGGGGGAGGAGCCUGUGGGGGACAGGAUCCCAGCUAGCCACACCUCUAGGGACCAGGGACCAUACG